ACCAAAUAAAAAGGGGGGUUUCCUAGUCUAAGCGAAGAAGAAGAGCAUAGACAGAGAUAUGGAUUGUUCGUGGCCUGACACCUCCCCCUUCGAUCAACGAAAAGCAGCCGACGAGCUGCUUCGUGGCCAUGAACUUGCACAACAACUACAAGCGUAUCUACGGAGAAGUUCCAAUUCCGGUGGAACCGCCUCCCAGGAUCUGGUCUCCAGAAUCCUAACCUCUUUCUCCAAAACACUUUCCAUCUUGAAUCGCUGCGAUUCCGAUGACAUGAAUGGAUCUAUUGUGGAUUCACCCGAGGAACAUGCUAGUAGAAAAUCCGAGGAAUCUGGGGACAGUUGCAAGAGCUCCACUCCUAAUACUGACCGCAGGGGUUGCUAUAAGAGAAGAAAGAGUUGCCAGAGUUGGGCGAGAGAGAGCAGCAGCCUGGUGGACGAUGGGCACGCGUGGAGGAAAUAUGGGCAGAAGACGAUUCUAAAUGCCAAAUACCCGAGAAACUACUAUAGAUGCACCCACAAAUUCGACCAGGCCUGCCAAGCCACAAAGCAAGUCCAGCGACUGCAAGAGCAUCCCCCCAAGUUCCGUACCACUUAUUAUGGCCAUCACACCUGCUCCAAUUUCCUCAAGGCUUCCGACAUCCUGCUCAGCUCCUCCAAUUUCGACGAUUCCUGCGGAGUGCUCCUCAGUUUUGACACCCCCGAAACCACCGCCGCCGCGCCCAACUUUUCUCUCCCACACGAUGCCACUUUAGUCAAGAAGGAAGUUGUAACCGCCGAAGGGAGGGAAAGGGAUGAUGAGGCCGCCUGUUCCCCCUCCGAUUACAUGAGUACGGCCGUCCCCUCCCCCGACGACCAUCUCUCCGAGGUUUUCAUGGGUUCCGUCGUCGACUUUGAGGACGAUGUCUUACAAUUCCACUUUUCAUCCAAUUAAUUAAUACCUCCCUCAUUUAAGAUGCCUAAAUCGUUAUUCAAAAAAAAAAAAAAAGAUGCCUUAAUCACUGGUUUAAGUUUACGAAUACUUAAACAACUGCAGCUAGCUGUCAUAGAUAAUGAUGUACAUAAAUAAUUUACAACUAGCUAUAGGAAAAUUGUAUCCACUCCAGCCAUCUUUCUGGGGUAUAAAAAUCCUAUGCUUCCGCUUCGCGUUAAAUUA